UCCUAAGUUGAGAUCUUGUGGACACAUCGCGGAUCCGUCGUGUAUCUGUUCACCUGGUCUAGGUCACCUGCCCGAUCGUCGCCACUACGUCAGCUUUUGCGAUUGAGGUGUCAUCACUCCUCGUUUACUGCUGGAAUCCUUGAACAUGAUUCAACAGGGCCGAUUUAGCUUGUGGAUUGUUUGAGAAGGUAUUCGGUCCCUGACAGAUGUAGCGGAAGCGCACGUCAUGAGAAACAUCCUUCCCGCAUGGUCUCUACUUCUCACUCCUUUACGCCUUUCCCCUCUGAACAUUACGCGACUCCAUCCUUCUGAUCCUUCUCACCCGUCUGAUAACAGCUGCAGAAUGUGUUUUCUACGUCACCGGAUUGGUUCUAAAACGGACCGCAGUCUCUUUCGACCUACCACUCAUCUGCUCUAUCUAAGUCUAGCUCGUUUGGAUCACUCUCGGAGUACUUUCUUGUGUGAUCCUCGUGCUACUUCAGCUUGACCGCAUUUGAAGGCGUUUUGCUUCUCUUCUACAGAAAUAUCCAGUUGAUGGCAAAAAUCAAGUGGUGCGAGUGUUGGCGCCCGGCCAAGACUCCAAACUCGAGUCCAACGUUCGCCACCCCUAUCAAGACUGUGGUUAUAUUGUGCAUGGAAAAUCGGUCAUUCGACCACAUGCUGGGGUUUAUGAAGCGCAUUCAACCAAAGAUUGAUGGUCUCACCGGCACUGAAACCAAUCCAUUGUCUCUGACGGACGCCAAUGCUGGCGUGGUCCAAGUUUCGGACCAAGCCCCCUACAUUGACCCCGCCGACCCUGGCCACUCUUUCCAAGACAUAACUCUACAAAUCUUCGGCUCUCAAACCGAGACCACCGCGAAUCCCCCUCCCAUGAAUGGAUUUGCUGCGCAGGCCGAGACAGAAAAAGAAGGGCUGUCGAAAACAGUAAUGGGCGGGUUUUCGCCGGACGAUGUGCCCAUCUUCAAGACUCUAGUCCAAGAAUUUGCUGUGGUAGAUCGGUGGUUUGCGUCGGUGCCUUCGAGUACGCAACCGAAUCGGCAGUAUCUUCACUCCGCCACUUCUCACGGCCUGAUGAGCAAUAAUCAACAGCUCCUAUUAGCGGGAUUGCCUCAAAAGACCAUCUUUGAAUCCGUUGAAGAAUGCGGGCUCUCCUUCGGGAUUUACUACCAACAAGUGCCAAACACCCUGUUCUACAGAAACCUUCGAAAGUUGAAGUAUGUCGACAAUUUCCGCCCCUAUGACUUGACUUUCAGAGAUCAUGCCAAGAAGGGGACACUUCCGAAUUACACAGUAAUUGAGCCCAGAUAUUUUGAUUUGCCUGGAUUCCCAGCAAAUGAUGAUCACCCCGUUCAUGAUGUGGCACAGGGGCAGGCUCUCAUUAAGGAGGUCUAUGAAGCGUUACGGGGAAGCCCGCAGUGGAACGAGAUUCUUUUCCUAAUCACGUAUGAUGAGCAUGGUGGGUUUUACGAUCAUGUGCCCACGCCUAUUGGCGUUCCCAGUCCGGAUGGAUUGGUGGGCUCGGCGUCGCCCUAUUCUUUCGACUUCACUAGACUUGGGGUUAGGGUGCCGACUCUCUUGAUUUCUCCCUGGAUCCAAGCGGGCGCUGUGUUGCACAAACCAAAAGGACCUAAACCAACCUCCGAAUUCGAGCAUUCAUCGAUACCUGCGACGGUGAAGAAGCUCUUCAAUUUGCCGGGAUCAUUUCUGACCAAGCGGGACGAAUGGGCCGGCACAUUCGAGACAGUUCUCACGCGAAAGACUCCCCGAACUGACUGUCCAGUAAAACUCCCCGCACCUCCAACAACACUGCGGACUCGGAGCGCGCCGAUGAACAACAUAAGCGCACUCUCGGAGUUUCAGGAAGAGUUAGUGUGGCUCUCGUGUUCGAUCACUGGGAAAGCCGAGGUGCCCGAGUACACCACCAUCGCGGACGCGGCGGAGUUCGUAACUAGCGCCGUCGCGACGUUUGUCGACGCCGCCGCGGCGGCCAAGGCAGCGGGGGUAGAUCCCGACCGCAUUUUCAAGCCAUGAGCAGUCCAGAUUUAACAAACACCACACCAGUUUUUGCCCGAUCCUUUCGUCGUUUGGGUGAUGGAGCCGCAAUGUCUAGCUCCAUCCAAGCGACUGAGGGCGACGCGCGUGGCGACUCCCAGUGAAGCUCGCGGCCGACUCGACCACAAUUGAAGCAUUCUUUCAAGGAAAUAGACACAAAAUGAAUGAAUAAAAAAAAAAUAAAUAAAUAAAAAACAGAAGGAAUCACCUCUUUAGUUAAAUCUGGACUGCUCAUGGAAAAACAGUUUAUUUUAUUUUAUUGGGUUCUUCUUAUUUGAAGAAAGAGAAGUUUGUGGCAUUUAGAUUGAUUUUGAUGUAUCUUCCAUGUCUUGACAAUAAAUGUGAUGAAACAGGUCUGUAUACAUUUGAGGUA